AUGCAUAAAGAAUUAGUCAGUAGGGUCCUCGAAGCCCGCCAAAGGGAUAAGGAAGAGCUUAACCCACACCCAAAGCAAAUUCACUUCCUCUUCCCUUCCUCACCUUCACAGAAGAAUCUCUUUUCUUCUGUGAAGGUGAGAGAAGGACUGGCCUUAACAACGAAUUUCGUAAAGCGCAAGAAGGGGCUUGGAAAAAGCAUUCGAAGGAACUCGGACAUCGCGCGGCCAUUGGUCAAGAUCUCCCCUGAUGGACAUCAUUACACAUUCAUUCAACGCUUCCCCGGCGGGGACUUUAGCGUCUCAUUGCGGAAGCAGAAGUUCUUUCAUUCCUCAUUCACUUCUAGGACUUGGCUCAAGAGCUAAAAAAAACUUCUAGGUUUCGGAAUAGAAGGAAGGGGGCUCCCAGCAGGUAAGUCCUGCUUGAUUGCUUUCACCAGGUUUAUAAAGACUGGUUCGAAAGGACCAGGCUUUUGGCAAAGCUUGAACAUCGUAUCGUUAGCUCCUUUUAAAAAGGAAGACAAAAGAGCUAGUAGGACGGACUGUUUGAUCCCAAGAGACGGUAUGGAACGCUCGUAUAGAACCCCAUCCAAUAGAACUCAAACCGCUGGGAAUGCAACGGGAUGGAUGUCAACUUGUAAGAAUAGCCUUGGUCUGGAGAUCUUUACAACAGGAGAUCAGGAGUUAGCUCGCUUGGACGCAGAGCACUAGAAAGAAGGGGCAGUCUAA